AUGUCUUCCUCUUCGUCUUUUCCUAGUUACCCGUGUACCAAGAAAGCAUCUCAGGGCCAGAAGAAGCUGUUGGUGAUGUUAUACCACACCAAAAGCUUUAAUAGGGGUGCUGCGAUAGUAGCCCAUGCUGCUCGGAAAGUAAUUAGCGAACCGAGACUUGGAAGAUCAUGUCUCCCUACGCUUGAGCGCAAGUUUCUUCGCCACUCAAAGGAACAAAAGCGCUUUUUUGAAUCUUCAAGUUAUUGUCCCAAAUCACAGUCUAAGAUACCGGUCCUUGCGCGUGCCCAUUGCUCAUUUAACUCAAGGGUCGGUGUUUCCAGCAAAGCUAGGCCUCACAGGGUCGGACAAGCAAACAGAUACUAUUCAUCCGAUGCUUGCACUGAACCGAUAACUGGACAGCCCACUGGCCCUGGCGAGUACGCCUGUAUCAGUCGGACUAGUUCUCUGGUUCAAGAUGGGCCUCCCAAAGCAGCACCGCCACUUGAUGACUUAACCCCUGAUGAAAGCCCAGAUUCCUUGCCGGAAUUUUGGAGCUAUAGCUCCCAGAAGAGUCCCGAUGGGAAAGACAUCGUUGUACAUUAUUGCAAAUCAUUGAAGAACAUGGAGAAGGUAGCAAAGCUCUUCUCAAAUGAUAAAGUCCUUGGGUUUGAUAUGGAGUGGAAAGCUCAGGCCUCUGCCUCUGACAGCCUCCAAAGCAACGUCUCCUUAAUACAAAUUGCAAACAGAAGCCGCAUCGCGUUAUUUCAAGUGGCAAUGUUUAAACCGGCGAAGGGGGUCAAAGACCUGGUUGCUCCUACUUUAAAGAAAAUCCUCGAGUCGCCAGAUAUCACCAAAGUUGGGGUGUCCAUAAAAGCAGAUUGCACUCGCCUGCGAAGAUUCCUCAAAAUCGAUACGCGCGCCAUUUUUGAGCUUAGCCAUUUGCAUAAGCUGGUCAAAUACUGUCAUUCAAAUCCGCGCUUGAUCAAUAAGAGACUUGUUAGUUUGAACGACCAAGUGGAAGAACAUUUUGGGCUACCGUUGGUGAAAGAUGAGUCUGUCCGCUGCAGUGACUGGACUGUUGCCCUUAAUUACCCCCAAGUACAAUAUGCUGCCACAGAUCCAUAUGCAUGCAUUUGUCUAUUCGAUGCUCUAAAUGCCAAAAGGCAAUCUUUAGAUCCCAUGCCCCCUCUACCAGCACAUGCCGAGCUGGACCUACCAAUUCGAGUAGUAGAUGAAUCCGCUGAGAAUAUCGACUCUGAUGACGUCGAGUUAGUCGACCAGGAAACAGAGACGCCAGCCAAGGAAGACACAUAG